CUGAGAACUGGUCCUCGCCGCCGAGGGACCGGUUUCGCCCGUAGCAGACGGCCUUCGCGGACGGACCGCGAAAACAAUACCGGGCCCGCGCGUCCGGUUAAUGGAGGAGUGGAUGGCUUGGUGGCGGGACACCGGCGUCUCGGUGUGACUUCAGUCCGCCGUCGCUCGGGCAACGCAGCACAACAACAUGCCGGCUCCUCAGCUGUCCGCCCGCCGCCAGAUGCUGCUGUCCGCGCUGGUGCUGCUACUCGCCCCCAGCUGCCUGGGUAGCCCGCUGCACGGGCGAGGCUACGGCGGCCACGAGUGCUACGGCGGCGGCUACUCGCCGCUGUACGACAGCUACCUGCCGCCGGUGUGCAGCCCCAUCGCCGUGCUGGCCGAGCAGCCGUACAGCGUGGCCGACACGCUGGCGCCCGUGCCGCUGCUGACGGUGCCGCAGGCCAGCCUCAAGCUGGUGCGCGACCCUGCCCACCUGCACGGCGCCACGCCCGCCGACCAGUUCCAUGGAAUGAUUCCUGCCAUCAAAGUGUAUCUGCAAAGACCGAUGAUGGUGUCGUCUCCAGAGAGCGUCAUCUCUUUCCCAUCCGAUUUCACCGUGGUACACGACGGACUGCCCAUACUGCUGUCGGUGUCCGCAGUGAUCGCCCCUCUGCCGGCUGGAGCCUACCUAGCGGCCGGACAUCCCAUAGCCAUCAGAGUGCUGUAUGCGCUCUCAGUCAGUCCCGUGCAACAACAGCCCUUCCACUACUACUUGCCCAACAGGAGGCCGGCGACAGUGACUGCCCCUGUGGCGGUGACGGCGACCCCGCCGCUGCCCAGCCGCCCGCAGCAGACCAUCCCGCCGCGGCCCUCGGGCGACGAGGUGCUGGAGGUGGCUCCCCCCCAAGGGGACGUGCUGGUCACCGUGCUCGACUUCCCGGCCGCCGUGGCCUCGCCCUCUGUCAGCUUCUUCCCGCAGCCCAGCCAGGACGAGGACGGCAGUCUGGGCGGCCGCGAGCCGCCGCAGGCCGCGGUGCCGGCGGGCAUCGUGCAGUCCACGGCGCCGCUGCCCAACCUGUCCGUGUUCAUCAACUCCAAGGAGUCGCCCGAGCUGCAGGCGCUGCGCGACAAGGCGCAGGCGCAGGGCGUCUCCGUCGCGCCGGUGGUCGCCGAGGUUCUGCAGAACUGACCGCCGCCUCGGCCCGCGCUAGCCACUUCCCCUCGCAGCCGCUCACGCCACUUUAGUAUUUUCAAUACAUUAUAACAAGAACUCGGUCAAUUUGAAACUUUACAAACGUUGUAGUACCAUUCGCAAAUGAACGCUCGAUCCGUUGUCUAGACCCGCUGAUUUCAACAGUUCUAUUGGUCGAUCGUGAGCCAAGGUUUGUUCUUUUACACUAUUGGUCAAUGAUCCCGAAACGACACGCGGUCUUCAAUACCCCUGGUCUACCUAUACACAGGACUUAAUCUGUUUCGAGUUUCCUUGGCCUUUUCUUGUUCCAUUACCAUAGUGAGGCAACUGCGAGAAAUAGAGCAGGGUUGCCAAAUUGAUUACCAGCAGUCAUUCGUCAUGUGGUAAAUGUUUUUUUCUGUGACUAAAAGGCGCAUUCUUUAUCCUCAUAAAUCAAAACAAUCUACAUAUAAAGACACGUUUUUUAAAAAUAUAUAUGAUAUAUAUUUCAGGUAAUCAUAGUAAUUAGUGAUUCAGCUGUGAGAGUUUACAUUUUUUUUCUACCAUACAAAUGUCAGAGGCGAGUUAAAAAAAAUUAAAAUUGUAGAAUGAUUUGCAGCUAAACGCAACUACGAAAAUAAUAUAAGUAAAAUUUGCAAGAAAUCCAGUAUGCUUAUAUGAAACUUAUAUAAACGUUUUUAGUGUUCACUGCACAAUAGAUGACUAAAAUCAACCCCAUAUUGCGUAAAAUAAAAUUCACCACUCUUAUUGAAAACCUUUGUUUCAAAAAUUCACUGACUGUUGUACCAUACGCAGUAACCAAAUCAAGUAAUCUUCGGUUCCCGUUCGCCUCGCUGUUUGGAACAUGGAAUGCAGCGCGCGCGUGCUGGCCGAGGUUGCUAGGCAACGAACGACGAGAAGCGGGAUGCAGAAAGCGAGAGCCAGGCUCUAGGACGCCUCUAGCAGCCCGGUGCAGUGAGACGAAUGACUGCUGUUCCCCGCGGCCUAGCCACUGCGUGCACUGGCUUCGCCUGCUUCACAAAACAUUACGUUAUCUUCCGCGUGACUUGGAAACAUUCUCAGUCACAUGUAGCCGGAACCAUGCCUAAAAUCCAUUUACAUUUUCCAAAUAAGGAGGAGUGGCUAUCUGCGGCACAUCGAAAGCAAGGAAGAAAAUGGGGGAUGAAAACAACGAUCGUCGAUAGAGUUACGAUACUGAUCACAACAAAACCUGAAAUCCAAUCAAAAGUUUCUAUCAUGACAAGGAAAUAUACUAUCUUAUGUGUAGCAAAUAUGUGUAAAUUUGUGUCAAUUAAAUAAAUGGGCACAUACUGAAAUUCAAUUCGGAUUGAAGCCAGAGGCAGAUGCUAAAUUUUGAACGCAAAGUGAAAUAAACUAAUUUUUAGUUAUGACUAUUAAAAACGCAGUAAGAAAUAUUCACAAACUAAGCACUGGGAUUCCAUUAAUUAGAAGGUUCCUUAAACAGUAAAAGCCUCAUAAAAAGUCUACUUUUCAGGAUUUUAUUUGUCUUGUAUUAAUAUAGUAUAUAUUAUCGCCAGUAAACUGAACUACAUAUAUAAAACUGUUAAAAAACUGUGAAUAAUUGGGAUUUAAUUGUGUAAAUUGCCAUAACUGUUCCAUUUCAAAUCAGGUUGGCGCAGCUUUUAACUUUUUACCGGUGGCAUACUCGAGGGUUUGCAGUAGUUUUAAAACUUUCAUGUUAAGAUUUAAAUGACCAAGCUAGUUAUAUGUUUAAUAAGAAGUAAUUUAAAGUUUUUUUGUACUUUUAAGAACAAUAUGAACCACCAACAAGAUUUUCCAAAAUCAUAACUUUAGUUUUCAUCUUUCACUCCAAUUGCAAUGGUAGUACGUUAAGAAAACCUAAAUACAUGUAAGGCAAUAUUUCAAUAAAAUAUUUUAUAAUUAUUAAAAAAUACAAGCUUUUAAAUAGUUAAAAAUUUAAAUUUUAGUUUUAUGGUCUUUUGAUUGAAGUCAUUACCACACACAUUAUUUGAAGUAUUUCUUGUUACGAGAGAGAACCUUAUUUAAAUAACUCUCAAGUUACCAUAACGUAUUUUACCCAAUAUUAAACUUAUUUUUAAUUAACUAGAAUAGUACUUAGUUGUGGGAAUGGUAAAAUGACAUUUAUGCUAUGAUACAAAUGCAUGUUUCACUGUGAAGUACUUGUUAAGUUUGAGUUUCGUCGUGUGCAACUAUUAUGGCAAGUGAGAACACUUAUAAUGGUAAUGAUACUUGGGUGCCAGUGAUAUUAAAGUUACCAUAUUAUAGGUCCUUGAUAAGUAACAUGUAUUGAAUUGUUAAUUCAUUUGCAUUACAUGAUGUGUUAUGUAUAUUACAUAAUGUUUCAUUUUGCUUGUGCCAUCGAAUGAAGAUUGUAAAUGUGAGAAAUACUAUUGAUGCUAACUUUUCCUCGGUCAUGUAGGCAUAUAUUUCAAAAGUAUAUUUUCCUUAAAUUCUUGUGAAAAUUCUACAAUUUGUUACAAAGUGAAUGCCUCCAACCACCAAAUUAAUAAUUAUGACAAUGCCAUUAUAAGACCUUAUACUACAGAAAUUAAUGUUACCCCCAGUUACGAGGAAUUAUAAAAAUUACUUACAAUACUUAAUUUGCAUUCCAAAGUAAUAAAAUAGAUAAUGGCACGUUAAAGUAACUAAGUUUAAACACCAAUUUAACCGCUAUUCAACUUUUCAGAAAGAGAACACAAAAUGUAUUAUUUUCAAAGUCAAUUAUAUGGUUCGUUGUACAGAGUUUUUAAUAACUGAGAGUUUUAUUUGAUUUUAAAACCAUAAAUACCAGCAAAUUGUACUUGACGAAAAAAUGCUGACAAUACCGCACCAAUACUGAGAUUUGUGAAGGAACGGUACGGUAUUGAUUUAAGAAAAAAUUAAUAGCUUUCUCAUUGGGACAUUUCAUUAAUUUACUUUUGUGAAUGUGACUUAAUUAGGUUUAUAUAUUUGUGAUGGAAGAUCUAUUGAAUGAAACAUAGCACUGUGUGUGUUAGUGAAACAUUAUGGUAUAUUCUUUGUUCCUGAGCAUAAUUUCUUCAUUAUGUUUUAAAUGUUCAAUCUUAACGCCAUGUUGCAAAACAAAAAAAAAAGAGAGUAUUGUCAACUGUGUAUUAACACAGUUUAAUUGAAAAGGCAAAAAAAUAUAAAUGCAUAAAAAUCAUGGAAUGAACUGUACAGUAAUAAUUUUGUAGUUGUACCAAUAUUGUAACAAUUCACAGAAAUAUAAUAGCGUUUAUUAUUUU